ACGACAGUGCACAGCCCACCUCAACCCCACUUUCGAUCCGAACCCACCGUCUCCUCGUCGCCGACGACGCGACCAUGGCGGCGCUCCUAGCCCGGCAGGCAGCGCUGGCCCUCCGCGCCAGGCAGACGGCGCAUCUCGGCCCGUCCGCGACGGCGAUGCAGGGCCACCUCCGGACCUACAUGGACGCGGGGGUGCCCAAGAGGUUCAAAGAGGAUGAGGAGAAAGAACAGCUCGCAAAAGAACUUGCGAAAGAUUGGAAUGCUGUGUUUGAAAGGAGCAUCAAUACAUUGUUCUUGACUGAAAUGGUCCGUGGUCUGAUGCUGACACUCAAGUACUUCUUUGAGAGGAAAGUUACAAUUAACUAUCCGUUUGAGAAGGGCCCUUUGAGCCCCCGUUUCCGAGGGGAGCAUGCUCUCAGACGUUAUGAUACUGGGGAAGAGCGGUGCAUUGCCUGUAAACUAUGUGAAGCUAUAUGCCCAGCCCAGGCAAUUACUAUCGAGGCAGAAGAACGUGAAGAUGGUAGUCGCCGAACCACAAGAUACGAUAUUGACAUGACCAAAUGCAUCUACUGUGGGUUCUGCCAGGAAGCUUGCCCUGUCGAUGCUAUUGUCGAAGGCCCUAACUUUGAGUUCUCUACUGAAACUCACGAGGAGCUGCUGUACGACAAGGAGAAACUGCUCGAGAACGGCGAUCGCUGGGAGACGGAGAUUGCUGAGAACUUGAAGUCUGAGGCCCUUUACCGUUGAUUUCGUCCUUGUCGCCAUAAAAUUGGAUCUGCUGUUUCUGCUAUUUUGCUCAGCUAGCCGAUAAAUAAGCAAACCUGUAUGAUUGUAUCAUAACCUCUGAAAGCCUGGUGCCAUGUUUGUAUGCCUGGGCUCCAUCUGUUUCUUUAUGCUCCAGGGUAAAGGUGUACGGCAUAUUUUUGCGAAUAUUAAACUGUUUUCGACUCUGAUUAUGUUCCGAAUGAAAUAUUCUGGUCGGGGAGUUUC